CGGUUCGAGCCCCGGCCCCGGCCCCGCUCGGCCCGGCCGGGGCUGCCAUUGGCUCCGGCGGGAGCGCUGACCGCCAGCCGCCUCCGAACUAUUUCCUGUUGCUGCAGCGUUAAUGCUAAACAGACCUUGCUCUCUCUUCCCUCGCUCCAGCCAAAGUGCAGCGGCUCUGCCGCCGCCGCCUUCCCGCCCCGAUGUCGAGCAUGUGUCGUCCCUGGAGCCGCUGAGAACUGCCAGGCACAGGAUGGAGGGUCGCCGGAGGGACAUGGAGCUGCUCAGCAACAGCAUGGCCGCGUACGCCCACAUCCGAGCCAACCCCGAGAGCUUCGGGCUCUACUUCGUGCUGGGCGUCUGCUUCGGGCUGCUGCUCACCCUGUGCCUGCUGGUGCUGCGCCUGUCCUGCCGGCCCGCCCCGCGGCCCCCGCCGCGCCCCGGCGACCUCAGCGAGGACGAUGACGACGAGGAGGACGAGGACGAAGAGGACACCGUGGACCGCGCAGCGUCUGAGUCGCUGCUGCCGGUGACCGAGAUCCCGCUGGAGAGCCACGGCCCCGGGGACGGGGCGCUGGCCGUGAACGUGUUCGCGUCGGCCGAGGAGCUGGAGCGGGCGCAGCGCCUGGAGGAGCGGGAGCGCAUCAUCCGCGAGAUCUGGCGCAACGGGCAGCCCGACAUCCUGGGAUCCGGCACCAUCGGCACCCUGGGCCGCGUCCACUACUACUGAGCCCGGCAGCGCCCCGGCACGGUGCCUGCUCGCCCACAGCUGCCCCGCACCGUGCCAGGAUGGACAGCAGGACAGGGGGCUGCUCGCUGCCCCUGAGCUGGCGGAGCUGCCUUGAACUGUCCCUGCACCGCGGAGAGCCGCACCCCGGUGUCACUGGACUCGCUGUGGGACACGACGCACUUUGAGCCAUUGGUACGAGGGCUGAGCCCCGGGACACGCGGGGAGAGGGACAAGGACAGUGCAGCCCCGUGGGGCAGGGCCGGGCUGUCCCGGGGCUCCUGCCCCACAAACAUGGUGCUGUUGUACACGAACGAGAGCCCAGCGUGGCGGAUCCGGGGUUCUGGGGCCCUGGGCACAGACAGGGUCGGUCUCGGCCCCUCCCCGAGCCAAUUCCCUUCCCGGCCCCACUAAAAUUAGCCGGGUCUUUUCCGGCACCGCCCGCCGUGACCCAGCGCCCUCCGGCCGGGCCAAGGCGGAUGUUCCCGCUGGACUCCGGGCCGGCCGCUGCUCCCCAGGGAUGCGGCAGCUCCCGCCGGGCUGAGCCGCAUCCUGCCCCACUCCCAGCCCAGCCCCGCGGGGAGCCGGGCCCCACUGCCCCCUCCCCGGCAACUUUAUAAAAAUAGUUCCUUCCCAGGCUGGAUCCCCCCCGCUGCCAGCGCCAGCAGGAUCCAGAUGUUUUCCAGAUGUUCUCCUGUGGCUGGAGGCCAGGCUGUGCUGGGACUGGAGCUGGCCUGGAAAACUGUGCGGGGGUGGAGGAGGAGAAGGAAGAGGAGGCCCUGCCCUAACCCUGCCACGGGCCCUGGUGGGACCCCUUGAGCCACGGGACCCUUUGUGCCCGGCAGGACCAGCCCAGCCCUUCAGGGGCACGGCAGCCAACAGUGGAGCCCUGAGCAGCCCCCACACUGCACUCUGUACCCAAAAUAGUUUAUUUUAAACAAUUUCUAUAGAUGCAGGGGCUGUUAUGUUUCAAGGAGCA